CUGUACGAUAGGACUAUGAAACGUGCUAAUUAUCAGCAAUGUGCGACCAGAGAGGACCUGAACAUCCAAGCGCAGUAUUCUAAGGUGGCUUUAAGCUACCUGAGCUGCCUAUGAAGCCACAAUUUGGUCUCAGCCAUAUGGUCUUAUUCCGUUUUAACUUUGCCGUAUCCUAAUCUCCUGACUUGGCAGUCAGGAUGGCACACGACCCCAGUACUUCAACUAUUCCGCAGUUCAGCACAGCGUCGGUCUUAGUCAACAUUCCUAAUCCGGAGCCGACAGAACUGCGGGUAUCUGAAGCACCACACGAUACGUCUGCUUUUGUCAUUCUUGCUGCUGCGUUGGGUAGCCUGGCUUUGGGGCUUUUCUUCCUCUGCUUGGCGAAGUGCGCCUUCGCCAACCCCGUGUUGCGCCAAAUUCGUCGCCAAAGGAGAGCGCAAGCCCCAGGACACAUAUUGCCGGUUUCAACAACCCCGUCCAGCUCCGACGUCACUCCGCUGGACCUAAACGAGGAAAACAGCGGCACAUCGACCGGGGAAGAUUGUCCGGUAUAUCCCACUCGUGUCUGGAUACCGGAGCGCCUAUUACGCAUAUAUUUUGGCCGCAUCCCGUGUAGGGUAACGGUCAAGGUGCGCCAUGUGGACGAGAUACAACGUCCUUGAACAGCAGGGUCCCUGAACCCACGCUAUCGGGCGUCGAAGGAGGUUGCGAUAACC